CUGUUUUCAAUUUCCAACGUCAAUACUAAAUGUCAAAUCAAAAAUUUUUGCUUUGCUGUCAGAUCAGAAGUGAUUAGUGAAUUGAUUGUAAGCUUUGUAGUUUUGUAAGACAAAAAUAAAAUGUCUGGUUUUGGCGAUAAUUUCGGCACAACUGAUGAAGAUCCUGCAGCAGAAUUCUUAGCGCGUGAACAAGAUGAAUUAGCUGGAUUGGAAGACGAAGUAAAGCCGGCUGCAAUCAGUGCUCCAGUUUUAAAUGGAGAUGAUCCAACAAAUUCGGCAAGCAGUUUCGAAAUGGUAGAAAACACUGAUCAGGAUGGUCUCGGAGAACAAAAAUAUGAUUUCCAGGCCGAUAUGAAUAGCCAAGACUACAGAGAAGUAUCACCAAUUCCAAGGCAAGACGACAGACCAGAACCAGAGAAAAUUAGAAUAUGGAGAGAAGAACAAGUUAAGAGACUAGAAGAAAAAGACAAGGAAGAAGAGAAAAAGAAACUUGAAUUAAGAGAAGUUGCAAAGAAAGAAUUGGAAGAUUGGUACAAGAGUCACGAAGACACCAUUUCCAAGACAAAAGCUGCUAAUAGAAAUGCUGAAAAACAAUUUGUAGCUGAGGACAAUGACCUGGAACCCGGAACAGAAUGGGAAAGAAUCGCAAAAUUGUGUGAUUUCAACCCUAAAGCUAAGCAAGGCAGCAAAGACAUUUCUCGAAUGCGUUCCAUCAUCUUGCAGAUGAAACAGAAUCCAAUUCCGAUUAAGAACAAG